AUGGCAGACGCCGUUCCAGAACGAACGGUGCGUGCCGUCGUUCUGCCGUGCGGAGCAAAGGGCACCUUCAAAGGAGAAGUGUACGAACACACCGUUCGGGUCCAAGCGGACGACGGUCGUUCGACACCGGGCUUCUUCUUUUGGAUCUUUCGCUGGAUGGUGGACUUUCUCGGAGGGACACCUAACCACAACAUUUCUGGAAGGAGUCGGGAUGGCAUCGUCGGUCGGGCGGCGGCCGUGUUGGCGGACGGUUUGUCGUCGUCCGAGCCCGAGCAGGACGAGCAGCAGGAGAAGGACGAGCAGGAGGACUCGCAGGAGGCAGUUAUGCCGUCUGCGGGGGAUCACGUCAGCAAGAGCAGUACGAUGACGAAGCACGAGCGGAUCCACAAGAGAAAGGCCAAGAGCAAGCCGGUCAAAGAGGAGCCGGCCGAGCCGGGCGUGGUGAAAGAGGAGCCGGACGGGGAGGGCGAUAUGCCAGAGGAGGAUGAUGAGGAGGACGACGACGAGCUAGUGCGAAAGGGCGACUUCUGCCUUUCGUCCUUCGCUUGCAUAUGCUGGUUGGCUCAGCUGAUGGCCAAAGGCCCCAGAGCCAAUUCCAAAUGGAAUUUGGACCCCGCCGAAGUUCGUUCCCGUGCCGAGGCACUGCUGGAAGGAGUGCGGGAUUGGUUUUGGCAGGACGUUCGAGGUCGUUCGUUUGAGGUUCUGCAAGGCCAGCUGGCCGUCGACAAACUCGCGACGGCGUUCGGUCAGGUCGCCGGGAAAAUUUUUGGGAAAAAAAAAGUUGUGCCAGUCGUUGAGGCCUUGCGGGUUUUGCAGGCCGACAGCGUGCGACGUUCGCUGAGCCAGGACCGUCGACGGCUGGCCGAAAAGAUCUUCAGCCGUUUGGUGGCGAGACUUGCCGAGGCCAUCGAUGCGUCGAAAGGAAAGACUGUCUGGAUGGCCAACCGUGUUGAGACAGCUCGCGGCUACCGGAAGGUCUCGCACGGCUGUCAAGAGGCCGUUCUGCAGGCAGGGGCGGCAGCCGGGCCGUCCAUUGCAGCUGCUUUACAGUCUCAGAAACACUUGACGUCGUCCGUCGAGGAGAAGACCACCCGGAACCGGGACAAACCAGGCAAGUUUUUGGAGUCAGAGCGACUCUCGUACUGCAGCAUCGGACAGUCGACGUUCUCGUCGACUACCGUCCUCAGCGUGGUCGCGGAUGCCGUUCACGUCGGCGACGACGACUGGUUGAACGUCUUCGUGUGCGAUCCUGGCUGCGACGUGUCGUUCUUUUGCCCGCCACAGGUGAAGAAGGGAACCUGCCUCACGGCCGAGAACUUCGUGGACAUGUGGCAGGGCCGCAUCACGAAAUUUUCCAAAAGGCCGGCACCAAAGCGACAGGCCACUCAGGAGUGGCUGCGGGACGUUUCGCACAGCCUCUCGGCCGUCGGCUGGAGUUGGUCCUCGUGUGGCCCCUCGGCCGACAGUGCCAAGAGGCCCAACGUGAUCGUGCUCUGCACCGAUCAGGAAGCGACACAGUUGGCGGCCGUGUACUAUCUCAAGUUUGGUCGCUCGCUGUUCGUGGAGUUCGUCAACGACCCCGCCCACAGGAGCCAUAACGACGUUCAUCUCGCUUUGGCGUCGGCGGGACUGUUGACAUUCGCCCUCGUCUCGCUCGGCCUCUACAACGUUCGGUACGGGCCGUGGAACAAAGGAACCUGGUUCGGCAAGGUCCAGAGCAUGGCCGACGAAAUGAGCAGUUCCAUGUCGCCCUCCGACCCGCUCCUUUUGACGUUCUUCCCGGACAUCCUGCCCGAUGAGGGUCGUUCGCAGGAGGAGAACACGGAGGAGAAUCGGCGGCUUUUUUUGGAGGGCCUGCCGAACAGGUCGUUCGUUCGGUCCAAGGGAAGCAAGGCCUCGCACUCUCGCUUCAACAGCUUGGCCAGCGCCCAUUCGGAAUUGGACAGGGGCUGGUCGUCGUUCUGUUUAGUUUUGGCCGCUUUGUGCAUCGCCGAAGGCUGGACGACGAGUGCCUCGGCACUCUGGGCUCCCGGAGCCGGCAAGGUGCAGGAGGCCAGCAGUGGAAGCAGGUCAGCGGCGAAGGCGGCCGCUCGCAAAACGAUGCAGCAACAGCGAAGCGGUUCGGUCAACACUCUACACGGCAUGACGUCCUUCGCAUGCAGCCCUGACAACCGAUCGCUGGCGAGAACGAUUUUUUUCGUGCUGCAACUUGAAGGCAUUCGCUGCAGCAAGAUGCUCGAGGAGCUCAGGUCUUUCGAUGCAACCGUGUCCACGUAUGCCGCUUGGGCCCACUGGGGCUACGUGGAGACCGCUCGAGAGCACUUGGUUCGUCUCUCGGACCUGGCUGCCUUGCAGCGACUGGGCUUGAACAUGGCCAUGGACCAUGACGACGAUUGCGACGAAGCCGCCCUCGUCUACCAGGACACUCUGGCUCGACGGCUGCCGAGCACGAAUGGUUGGGGUGCUACCGCUGGGCUCCUCCACGACAGCACGGCCUCUCGCCAGGCCAGUCUCCAGUUUUUGAAGGCGGUGGACGUGACUGUGAAGGCCGUACAGGAGACCGGGUCUCUCAACCCCAAGACAAUGCUCGAGGGCCAUCCGGCCACAGGGCCUGUCAUGGGCAUGGUGUUGGCCGAGCUGCGUGCGGCGUCCUUCGUCGAGGUCGCGCCUGGGACGUUCGACUUUCUGCGGCGUUGCUGGGGCGGCCUCUUGAAUUCGAAGUUGGUCGAAGAUGCCAACAAAGUGCAGCGUGAGGCAGAACAGAGAAACGGGACUGCCAAGACUCUCGGCCGCCUGGAAGGGUGGCAUGGCCUCUCGAGGAAGAGGCUCAAGCCCAACGGCACCCUGGUCACCCUUCCCACAUCGUUCGAUGCCGAUGCCUGGUUCGUUCGCAAAAGAGGCGAGCAGCCCGCCGUGGCGGAGGAGACUGCAGAGGAGGCCAUUUGCAAAGGGGUCAGCCAGGCUCGCACUUGGGCGUCCCACACUCCCGACUCUGAGCAGGACAAGCUCGCUGGCUUCUCGUUGUUGGCGAAGGUGGUUCGGGAGUCGAAGGACUGGUCCUUCGUCGAGAAAGGGUGGUGGUCUUCUCUGGUCCCAGAGGGGCACGGCCUCGCCUUCCCGGGCUCAGACAGCGUCUGCUUCGUCGUCCGGACGUACAAGCGAGCGGCCUUGGUGUGGCCGGCCACUUUGGACAAGGGUCCUUCGGGCGUUGAGAGACUCGUGCUCGACACAACUGCGGCCUCUCUGUGCUGGGUGCACGUGUUCGACGAGAACGUCGAGGUUCUCGAUCUCGUGGCCACGUCGCCACAGCGUGUCCUGGCCGCUUUGAACUCGGGAAUCUCCUGCUCUGGCCGAGGCUUGCGGUCUCUCGGCGAGACCAGGCCUCUGGGAGUGGCCUUUCGUGUGCAGGCCCGGCAGUCGUUGCUCCGCCACCACGAGCUGCACGGGUUCGCGGGAGUGCCAGAGUGGUCUCUGCGGAAGCUUGCCCAGGCCAAAAAGUGGCCGGUCUCGGUCCAGGAGGCAGGACACGACGAAGACGACCGCCUAGCGAUAGUUUGUUUGCUGUCGCUCGACCCUUCGUUGGUCAAGGAAGAAGUGGUCGGCCGCUUGCUGAGCCGCCAAGAGGCCGCUCCCUGGUCGAUCGACACGGGCAUCGACUUGGAGGAGCUCGUGCGGGACACCAUGCUGGCCGCAGAUCAGGAGCAGGCGCUCAAGCAUCUGGCGAACAGAAAGGCCGGUCAGGCGUCGGCCAAGGACGUGCGGAAGAGGGCCUCUCACACCUACGAGCACGUGGCCAAAACGUUUGCUUGUCGGCCGGAGUACAAGAAGUUCCAGGCCCAGCGAAAGGAGAAGGAGAAGAAGGCCGUUCAGGAGCAGAAAGCACGGGCGGCCGAGGCGAAGAGGGUCUACGACGACGUGAACGUGGACGUCGACCGGGUCCUCAAGGCUGCCGUGCCACCGGGCGUUCGUGUGUACACCGACGACCGGAACGGCCGAUGGAGCCUCACGUACAGCACGGCCUGGGCCUUCGCCACCAGAAGCAUUUCCUGGACUCAGGUCGGCAGCAAGCCGGCCGGGCGGGCUGCGGGAGACGUUCGCGGGCCUCGCCAUGUCGGACGAGGCCGCAACGAUCCUGAAGAAGUUGUCGGCCUGAGUGCUCCUGGUCGUUCCUGGAAGCUUUCACGGUGGACGUCCCUUCUUUUGCUGGAAGUUCGGAAGCAGUCACUCGAACGAGCUCCGUGCUUCGAAAAGGUUGCAGCUGCAGACCACCAGUUUCAGUGCAUAAGCAGCUUUCGUUAG